UCCAUUCCAUUCAUCUCUUUUUAACUCUCCAAAUCACACAUCAAUUUAUCUUCCCCUUUCCCCCAUCUCCUUCCUCAAUCCUCGCUCGUUUGUCCCCUCCCACCCGCGUAUUUCUACCAAUAACCAUCAAGGGUGUUCUCAAUUUUGUAUUAUUUCCACUUAAAUUAGUUCUCAAAACCCUCUUUUUCUUAAUCGAAAGCCAGUGUUACUGUAUUCUUUCAAACAAAUCUCAAUUGGGUGUUUCUUGAUUUUGUACAGUGUGUUGGUUUGCUAGUCGAUUUGUAGCUUUUCAUCCAAAUUUUGGGGUUUAUUUUUGAGAUUAUCAACUAGGGUUUAGUUUAAUUUUGAGGUUUUUAAAUUAGCUAUACGUGAAUCUGAUUUGGGAUUUAGAGUUUAUUGAAGAAAGAAUCAUGGAUCAUGUUGUUGGUGGGAAGUUUAAGCUUGGAAGGAAAAUUGGGAGUGGAUCUUUUGGUGAACUUUAUUUAGGUGUUAAUAUUCAAAGUGGGGAAGAAGUUGCUAUUAAGCUGGAAUCUGUCAAAACGAAGCAUCCUCAACUUCAUUAUGAAUCGAAAAUAUACGUGCUUCUCCAAGGAGGAACUGGAAUACCGAACCUCAAGUGGUUUGGUGUCGAGACGGAGUAUAAUAUCAUGGUUAUCGACCUUCUUGGACCGAGCCUCGAAGACCUUUUCAACUAUUGUAGUAGAAAGUUCACCUUGAAAACGGUUCUAAUGCUUGCAGAUCAACUAAUAAACAGAGUCGAGUACAUGCAUGCGAGGGGUUUUCUUCACCGUGACAUAAAGCCCGACAAUUUCCUAAUGGGUUUGGGCCGCAAAGCUAAUCAGGUUUACGUCAUUGAUUUUGGCCUCGCGAAAAAGUAUAGAGAUCUUCAAACUCAUAAACACAUACCAUAUAGGGAAAACAAGAAUCUCACGGGCACCGCUCGCUAUGCAAGUGUCAAUACGCACCUUGGUGUUGAACAAAGUAGACGGGAUGAUCUUGAAUCUCUUGGUUACGUUCUUAUGUAUUUCCUAAGAGGAAGCCUUCCGUGGCAGGGACUGAAAGCAGGAAACAAGAAGCAGAAAUACGACAAAAUAAGCGAAAAGAAGAUGUUUACUCCAAUAGAGGUGCUAUGUAAAUCAUACCCAUCGGAGUUUAUAUCGUAUUUCCACUAUUGUCGAUCAUUGAGAUUCGAGGAUAAACCUGACUAUUCGUAUUUGAAGAGGCUUUUCCGAGACCUAUUUAUCCGCGAAGGAUAUCAAUUCGACUAUGUGUUCGAUUGGACCAUAUUGAAGUACCCUCAAAUUGGUGCCAGCUCCAGAGGACGACCGAUUGGUGGGAGUGCAGGUGUAAACGCUGGAACGUCAGCCGAAAAGCCUGGAAGAACCUCAGCUGGUCAAGAUAUCCGUGAUAGAGUCUUGGGUGCAGUAGAAGUGUUUUCGAGAAGAAAUUCUUCGAAAGAUGUGCAACCCGAUUCUGAAAAACUUCGAUCAUCUCGAAACGGGGAUUCGUCAAAACGGGCUGCCAUCGCUGGUGGCAGACCAACCUCCUCAGGUGAAGCAACCGAAGGCCGGUUAACCCGUCAUGUCUCGAGCAGCGCUGGCCGCUUGUCGACCACUCAUCGAGUCCAACCUGGGUAUGACACCAAACUGUCGGGUUUUUCUCGUACCGCAAAGGGCGGCGGCCAUGACGAUGCGCUCCGGAGCUUAGAGUUUCUCUCGAUCAGGAAGUGAAAAAACCUCCAUUUUAUUCAAGUAAUUUUAGCUCUUGCAAAAAUGGAUAUCGUGGUUUCUACGCUCACUCGACCCAGCCGAACCCGAAACACGAGUCUCGUGUCACCGGAAUGUAUUACUACCAUGACAUGUGGGGCAUCUUGAAUAAGCGAAAAGGGUAUUACCCGUUGUAAAUUUCGUUGUCGGUUUUGCACUUUUCGAGCAUGAUUUUAAAUGAAACUUCAUAAAAAUCUUUCGUGUUCUUCGUGUUAUAUCGGUAUUAAUGACACUCUGUAUAAAGGAAAAUUUAGUAACAUCAUUGGUUU